UCUUCAGUAGGAAAUGAGUGGUGGGCUGCGAAAGUUAAGGAAAAUGGCCCGCGACUGAGUGCUUGGCGAGCUGUUACACUUGUUUACCUUUUGGCAGAGUGGUGCUUCCGUGAUUGCAAAGUCGUGAUUGCAAUGGAAGACGAGGAAGUGUUCGUGAGGGUUGAGGACCAGGGCAGGUUGAUGAAGAUCUCGAAGGUCAUCAGGGAAGAGCUGCCUUUCUCUGCCAGUAUGCACAACUGCCUGGUCCUCCACGCCCGCGGUUUUGCCUCCAGCCAGGAUUUCUACGAGCUGAGGACGCCCACGAACAGCCUUAUCAUUCUGUCAAGGAGUAAGGGAGAACAAGACACCGUGACGCUGUUUUGCUGUGAGGACGACGUCGGCCUGUUGAUGGAGGGCCUGGAGAAGACGCGUCUCAUUGACUGGACUAAGCCGUUCUUUUUCCUCCACCUCCCCGUCUACAUGGCCGAGGGAAUCAGGGCCUUGGUGGAGAGCCGGGCAGAAGGCCAAGGGGACUUCCAGUUCGUCGAGACGUUCCUGUACUCGAAGGAGGACGACGAGGAGGGACUCUUAUGUCCCGCCGGGAUGCGAGUCUGCCACCUGGGCGAAAGAGGUGUGCGUCAGUUGCACGCAGCGUGGCAGUACAACAAGUACGUAGACGUGAGCAAAUUCCUCUCGCUCGCCCGGCAUCCCACGAACGUCGGCGUGUACGAAUCGGACGUCGGAGAGGUUCACAGGGUGGAGCCGACGUGCCUGCAACGCGCUGGGGACGAAGAGAGUGCCGUGGCGUGGGUGGCACUCACCUUCUACGGCACCACCGGGAUGCUCUACACCGUGGAGAGCCACCGUCGGCGAGGAUUAGCUCGUCUGGCUCUGCGGGCUUUCUCUCGCCUCCAGGACAAGCAAGGACUCAUCCCUCACGCGUUUGUCGAGGAUUAUAACGAUAGUUCCAGAAGACUCUUCUCCCAGCUGCCCGGGUGGAGAAGUGUUACACGGACCUUGAUCGUUGGGGUAAAGAUUGACCUACACUGAAUAUCAUAGCAAUAAAAUAAUAAAUCCAGAAAUAAAGGCGAUAGUUAAAUUUCCAGCAACAUGACUAGAUCAUCCUGUUGUAUUUACUUCUUCAAAUAUACGAAAUCAAGAGGCCAACAGAGAUCAAGGGAGGUCAACAGAGAUCAAGAGGGAAUCGAAUGAGGCCAACAAAGAUCCAAGUAGGUCACCUGAGGUCAAAGGAGGUCAAGUGACCCUCGUUCUUCCUUUGGACUGAUGCUGUGUUAUCAAACAAAUGCUUCACGUCGACAGCUAUAUUUUCCUGGGCCUAAAAGUGAAAGUGUGUUUGUGUUAUGUGGAUGUGUGUAUAUAUUUAUGAUGUACGAGUGUGUGUUUGCAUUUAUUAUGUACGCGUAUAUAUGUAUGCAGCAUGUACGUGUGUAUGUGCAUACAUAUAUAUACACAUUUGAUAUAAAGGGAAUAACUCGUGAUGAUCUUAAAGACCGAGAAAUACGGGAAAAUACGCUGGUCUAGGUGUGUACAAAACCCUGGCUUCUAUUGUAAAGGGAUAAGGGUUUCCUAAAUCUGACACCAUUUUCCUCACACACACACACACACACACACA